AGAGGCGAUGGAGAAAGGAAACAGGCCCACCUUCACAGGUAUAUAAGUCCGAUUACAUCAUCCAACGAACAGACGAUUCCUGAACGUCAUACAGCUCACAAACUUGCACCUCUCUUCUUUCUCACUUUGUCUCAACAUGCUUCGCACGGUGAUAGUCGCUGUCAUGGUGUUCGUGAUGGUGGUGGAGGCAAAUCCCGGGUGCAGAUCCUAUUGCAGAAAACCCAAAGUAGAAGGUGUACCUGACAGAGCCAUUUACUGCUGUGACCCUGGCACUGGAGUAGGAAAAUAUGCAGAGCAUGAUGGAAAGUGUCCCCAUCGUCCAGUCUGCCCCCCUGUUAGAGCGCAAACAUUUAUCCCGAUUACACCACAGGUGUGUUCUCAUGAUGGCCAGUGCCGCCGCAACGAGAAGUGCUGUCCCGAUGCCUGCCUUGAACACCACACGUGUCUCCUUGCUGAUCGAAAGUAAUCUGGCUGGUGUGUUUUUGAUCCUGGCGUUUAGUUGUCUUGUGAAUACUGGCGCCGGGAGAAGGUGAACGUGAUAUUUUUGUCGCCACUCGUUGUUGUUAUUUUUCGUCUUCAUUAUAGCACAUCUAUACGUAGAGAGAGAGAGAGAGAGAGAGAGAGAGAGAGAGAGAGAGAGAGAGAGAGAGAGAGAGAGAGAGAGAGAGAGAGAGAGAGAGAGAGAGAGAGAGCAUAUUACGUGUACUCUAAUAAACAUACUUAUACUG